AUACCUGCAGGCUGAGAAUGACCCAUUGUCAGAGCUAAGGCUGAUGGCUGCUGUCGUCUCUUCCUGUCGUCAGUCUCUAUCCAGCCGUCUCUUCCUUGUCCACUGAGGCACUGAGGCCAUGGAGGGGCAGGCGAGCAGCUCGAUGUAUCCUCGCUCCGUCUAUCUUAGAUAGAGCUCACAUGGCGGUGCCGAGGAAGAUGGCAUGGCCGCCUCGCCUCCCCUGCUCUCGCUGCUUCCUCCUCCUCUGCUUCCUGCUCAUCAUCGCCUUCGCCGCCUCCGGCUCCGGCGCCGGUCGGGUGGUGACCAGCCUCCCCGGCUUCGACGGCCGCCUCCCCUUCCACCUCGAGACGGGGUACGUGGAGGUGGGCGAGGCCAAUGACAACGGCGCCAACCUCUUCUACUACUUCGUCCAGGCCGAGUCCGAGCCCGCCGCCGCCCCUUUCGUCCUCUGGCUCACCGGCGGCCGCCGCUGCUCCGUCCUCAGCGGCCUCGCCUACGAGAUAGGUCCGGUGAGGUUCGUCCUGGAGCCCUACGACGGCACCUUGCCGCGGCUGCACUACAACACGAACUCGUGGACAAAGGUGUCACAUAUUCUUUUUGUUGAUUCGCCGGUUGGGGCCGGGUUUUCCUUCUCUAGAGAACCCAAAGGCUAUGAUAGUGGAGACAUCUCAUCCUCGUUACAGUUGCAUGAGUUUCUACUCAAGUGGUUCAAUGACCAUCCUGAGUACCUUGCAAAUCCUUUCUACGUCGGUGGAGACUCAUAUGCCGGUAAAAUUGUACCAUUCCUUGCGCAGAUAAUCUCAGAAGCUAGAUCCUCUUCAGGUAUUGAAGCAGGAAUGAAGACUGUUCCUAAUCUCAAGGGCUAUCUAGUGGGCAACCCAGUGACAGGCGACAGUGUUGAUUCUAGCUCUAAAGUGCCGUUUGCUCAUGGAUUUGGUUUAGUAUCAGAUCAAUUGUAUGAGACGAUAUUGGAGCAUUGCCAAGGAGAAGAACACACUGAUCCUGCAAAUGUGCUGUGUACCCAGGCUAUGGAUACUGUCCAUAAUCUCAUCUCGGAAGUUGGCAAGGGCCAUGUUCUGCUGGACAGGUGUGUUUCUGCGUCCCCUGUAACAAAUGUAAACAUCUCUUCAGAUGAUAGAAAGAUCCUACGGGAGGAAAUUGGAGUGGGGCAGCUAAACCAUCCACCUGCUCGUCCUCCAUUUCAUUGCUUUACUUACCGUUACUACCUAUCCUACUUUUGGGCAAACGAUAGGCGCACCCGAGAUGCUCUUGGGAUCAAGGAGGGAACUGUCGAUGAGUGGGUCAGAUGCCGCGAUGUGGGAGAGCUUCCAUACGCGAUCGACAUCAAGAGUGCCAUCAAGUACCACAGGAACGUCACGUCCAGAGGUUACCGUGCCUUGGUAUACAGCGGCGACCAUGACCCAGUGGUGCCACACCUGGGCACGCAGGCGUGGGUCAGGUCCCUCAACUUCUCCGUCGUCGAUGACUGGAGGGCUUGGCAUCUUGAUGGGCAGGCAGCUGGGUUCACGAUAAGUUACUCAAACAGCAUGACAUUUGCGACCAUCAAGGGUGGUGGGCACACGGCACCUGAGUACGAGCCUGAGAAGUGUUUUGCCAUGUUCAGCCGCUGGAUACUGAAUCGGCCACUCUAAGACCGACCUUGUUUGAAUCGAGAAUAAUUCAUAACAACGACUUUAAUUUGCCGGUAAUUUAAUAAUCCAUUCGUGUUGGGAUGGACAGAUAGAAAUAUUAGUUCAUUAUUUCCCCCUCUCCAAUCGUCAUAUAUUUAUUAUUAGGACGAAUGGUGUUAUGCAAUCAAGCCUUUAAUAUAAUAAUACUCAUAUGGUGGCUUGUAUGAUCUAUGCUAGUGGGAUGUAAUUAAUGGCUGAUUAUUGUUAUGCA